AUGAUACAGCGUCCGUGCGUAGAGGUUGAAGCCCCCGACGAUGCGACCGUUUCACAACUUCAUGAAAUUAUUGAAACGAUGACGAACAUUUCGAAAGAUCGUCAGAGACUGAUAUUUCAAGGAAAACCACUAACAAACAAUGGCCUUUUAGCAGAUUAUGGAUUGAGAGAUGGCUUCACUAUUCAUUUGGUCGAACGGCCUCUAAUGAACACGUUUGGUGGGAGAGAUACAACAGGGCUUUCAAGUGGCUCUUCUCAUGAAGCUUCAACAGCUACUUCAGAUAAUGUUGCCACCGGCAUUAAUGCGGAAGUGAUGAAUCAAAUAAAUGUGGAUUUCCAUGAAUUGGUAAAGCGGACGGUGCAAAAUGUUCUGUCCUCAUUUCCAAGAAGUACUUCAUCAACAAUUGCAAUGGUAGAAAAUUCGCCGCGUGAAGGAGCUAUGUCCAUUAAUGUUCGAAUAUAUGGUAAUAACAUUCAUGAAUUAGAUUCUGAUUCUCGUCUGCGUUUAAUAUAUGCUAUCGAUGCGCUUUAUCGAUGUCAAAGAACAUUUCCUCUUCUCAACAAACUUUAUAAAUGGAUAGAAAAUAUAUGUAGUGAUCCGAUUAAUCAUGAGCUAGAAAAUGGUAUUAUGAAACUUGGUCAACUCGUUUUGGAGUUAGAAGAAAUCUCCAAAAUUCCUCGCUCAGGUAGUUUGGUUGAAGUGAGUGACAAUUCUUCUAAUUCUUCUGAACGCCGAACUAUCUUUCGGCAUCCACAUGGUGACAGUUAUGGCGUUGUUAUCGUAAAAAUGAUUGAAAUACAGUCCGAAGCCAGUGUUAUUUUUAAUAAAUAUAGCCAAAUUGCAUUCGAUAUUAAAUGUUUUGAAGGUUUGUUGAAAUAUAUUAUGAUUGCAUUUCAAGAGCAUGUGCAAAGAAAUAUGCAUAGGCUGGCUCAUGCCUAUCAUGCACUUUCCGAUAUCUCUUUUGAUAUUUCUUCUGAAUCAUAUUCAUCAAAUUUGCUCAGCAGUGGACCAAAUCCUGCUGUUCAUGAAUCAACUCUUGUAAAUUUAAUGAUUUAUUUCGCACCACACGAUGAAACCAGAAGAACGACUGCCCCUUCAUCACAUAGUUUUGAAGAACUAACUCGUUCUAGCAAUGCUGGUGCGACUUCUUUAUCUUCAAGUGUUAUUAGCUUGCGCGAAUUUGCAGGAUUAAAUGCUAGAGAAGAACGUCGAAAUGCAAGAAGCAAUUCUUUUAUAACUCCUAUCUUAGCUGGUGCAUAUCCAUUAAUUGCUAGUGCACCACAUACCUUAGAUCGAACUUUUAAUUUACCUCGUCCUCUUUUGACCCCAGCAGUUCGUCAGUUCCAAGCUGCUAUCCCUUAUAUAUUGUCAAAUAUUCCUCUUCAAGGGCAUCCUGUUCAAUCGCAAGAACAGUUUUUGGCGCCGAGACGUCCUGGUCAAAGCAGUAAUAUGCGCCUUAUUCAUCAUACGAAUGUAACCACGACUUUUCAACCGAUCCCUCCUUUCUCAUCUGCCGAUAGCAGUGGUCAAAAUCCACCAAAUUUUGUGUAUUGGAUUCGUAGACCAUCAUCUGUUCGUGCUGCUUCAAAUUCCGGCGAAAGAACUAACGAUAUAGGUUUUUCUUCGAAUCCAUCAGCGAGCUUACAUGGCACUCAAGCUUCUGUUUAUAACCCCGAUCCUCUUAUGCAAUGUCAUAGUCGUUUGCGCAGUGCAAUUUCAUCAGUUCGCAAUUCCAAUGAAUAUGAAUCGCUAAUUAGCUCUAUACUUGAAAUUUUGAAUCGAAAUUGUGAGUCAGUAUCAGACAGCGUGGAAAUGUCCGAUGCGAGCCGAGAGUUAGCUUCUUUACUAAGCCGAUGGAAUAUAGUUAGAGGAAUCGUGCCAGAAACCCCGAAUGAAUCUCUUCAACCAGGAGAACGAUUUGCAUUUUUCCUGGAGGGUGUUUUACGGCGCACUAUUUACAUGAUGGCACUUUCUGAUCCUUCAGUUUCACUGGAAUUGAAUAAUGCUGCUGAACCACCUGUAGAUUUUGAAAUUGAAGAAGUAACGUUUACUAAUACGGAGGUGAUGAAUCGGGAAAAUGAAGGUCGACCUAGAAACAGGGAAACUCAACACAUGGCACAUAACGUAGAAUUAAGCCAAGAAGCACCUUCGAACCAUUCUGAUGAAAGACAGGUCGACAGUAUUCAAAGUAACGAUGAAAGGAUUCAGCAAGCGAGAAAUAUUGACGUAACAUCAAACGCGGUUGCUGGCAAUAAUCGAUCCCGAAAGCGAGUCGCUGAAAAACAGGACGAUGCACCUACUAGAAGCAGUAGUUACUCGUGGAAAAAUAUAUUGCCAGAGGAAUGGGUACCAGUUAUCGAAAUCGAUCAGUGUCGACAAUUGGAAAAAAGGGAAUCAGCUGGAUUAAGUGAUGCUUAUUUACUGAGCGGCUUACAAAUAAAGAAAAAGGAUGAAAAAAAAAAUGUUAUUGAUUCGGAUAACGUGAUGUUGUGUGCAGUUAAUGAAGCGAUUCAAGAAACUUGCAGAUUUUCAGAUAUGGCAGCAAUCUCAGAUGUAGAACUUAAUAAUAUCGCUCCUGAGACUUUGGAUACUUUGGAAGCAGCUUUUGAUUAUUUUCUUGCGAAUCGCUUGCGCAAUGAUACUGAUUAUGAAAUCGAAAAGUUUCCUGAACUUUAUGCUUUAUUUCAAAGAAAGAAUUCAAAUUAUUAA